AUGGCGGACGAAGCAAACAGAACUGCUUUUCUAGAGAUUCAAGCAAGCAUGAUUGAACUCUCCGGGAAGCUAAAGCAGGUGCAAAAUCAGAUGCGCAACAAAGAGGGGGAUAGAAAACGUGCGUAUUUAACCUUGGAAGAGCUGCGGGCAUUGCCUCAAGACACCAACACCUACAAGUCAAUAGGAAGAACGUUUGUUCUAGAGCCCAAGACAGUGCUGGAAGGUGAACAAGAGCAGAAACUGAAAGACAGUGAGGCUGCCAUUGCUUCUCUACAGACAUCCAAGGAAUACUUGGAGAAGCAGACGGCAGAGGUGGAGAACAACUUGAGGGAGCUGUUGCAGCAAGAACCAGGCAUUGCUCGACAGAUCAUGUCCAUGUCUAUGUAA